UGUCCCACAUGGACCCACCGAAGGUUGACCCCAUCGACUCACACGUGACACGUCGGAAAAUGUCGACCGAGCACUGCAGCAAAGUUCUGAUAGCCAUGGAUGGCAGCGACCACUCCAACUAUGCAUUUGACUGGUACAUGGACAGGCUCCACCGGAAAGGGAAUAACGUAGUGGUGGCGCAUUGUCCCGACUACAGCGCCAUCUACCACACACCUGGUAUCAGUGGCGAUGCUUCCCUAAUUGCCGAGAUCUUGCGAGAAGAGGCUGUGAAAAUGGAAAUCAUCAUCGAUAAACUCCGGGAGAGGCUGACGAAAACUGGGGUGCCGGGUCGUAUUUUGCGUUUGACUGGUAAACCUGGAUCGUCCCUGGUGAAGGCUGCGGAGGAGGAAGAGGUUGAUUACGUCGUCACGGGCACGCGCGGACUGGGCAAGGUGAGUAGGGCGAUACUCGGCAGCGUCAGCGACUACAUCGUACAUCACUCACACGUGCCCGUCUUCGUUUGUCAGAAGCCCAAGGAAGAAAGCCACCAUCAAGUGUGAUUGAAGGAGAACAUACGUUCUUGAGUGAUGAGGGGAGCCAUCAGCACCUUGGUCGGAGGACGUCAUCAGUCCAUUUGGAUGAAGACAGAAAGGGAAGGGGGACAUCAUCAGUCCUGGGGCUGAGGACAUCAACGGUCCUAAGAUUGAGGACAUCAUCAUUCUUGGUGGCUAGUAAGGCGGAAGGAUGUGAUGACGUCAUUAGUCCCUUGAGGAUGUCAACAAAAGUUAAUGCAGUAAAACAGUAUUCAGUUUUGUUACUUGUAUUUACCUUAAAUAUCUACCACAAGAUGUCCAUCUUUCUCACGCUUACGAUAUGGAUUAUACUGGAUGGAUUGGUAGCAUAGUCCUUAAUGUAUUUGCCACGUGUGUGAAGCCAAUGUCUAGUGUCCCCGCCGUGAUUGUGCUGGAAUAUUGCAAGAAGGGGCGUAAAGUCAGCAUAAUUACUCGUAGUAAAGGGAUAAAUGACUGAGAACUCUUAUUAUUGAUGUUUGAUUAUAUCAACGAAAUAACAUUAUAUAUAAUAUACAGCCUGCUAUAUUUGUCUCAUUUUAUAGGGGCACGUUGACCCACCGCCCAUAGAGGAAAAGUCUUAAAAUAGUCAGAUGUCGCAUUGACUGUGAAGAGUUGCGUUCCUUAUAAGGUGUGAUAGAAUUCCAUGGUUGCACGUGUUAAUCCAGAUUCGCCCUGAUUAUAUAUUUUUAACCAAAGUUGUAAACGUUCUGCAUCACUUUGGCUUUCAUCGCACAUAGAGCCCACAUGCCGACAUAAAAGAAUUGUUUUAUUAAUUGAACGAAAUUUCAUAUUUUGGUAUGUGUUGUGUUAGUAAGGGCACUAUCAUCUUGUCUGACCGUUGUUUUCUCUGCUUCCUGUUUAACGCCAACCUCUUCAAUAUUCAAGCUUUAUGACGGCGGCUCUUUAAAUAGCCAGACGUCAGCAACGUCCCAUUCCGCCAGGAUGCGAUGACCCAAUAUCAACCAUGUGACUGAGCCUGGUAACACGAUCCAUCUGGUCGCUUCAUGUGCCGGGCAUUAGUGCCUGGGAGCCAAUUGCAACCCCCACUGUGCGCCAUUAUGUUAUAGUAAUUAACUGUCUUCACUAUGUCAAUAUGUGUAAAAGAAUUAAAAGACCCAUAAUAUUAUAAUUCUUGUUCUCCAGUACGCAAUGUUCUUUUCUUGUGCAUGAAAUUAAAUACAUAUUAAUGAUUAGUACUCACGAAAAAUGUUUGUCUAUCGCGCCGUCAUUCGCUGUACAUAGUUACGUCCCUUAGGCGCACCAGAAGCCGAUUACCGUGGAUUCGAAUCCAAAGUUCUCCCUGAUUAUGAUUCUUGAUUUAUCAGCACCAUACCCGUGAUAAACGUCUGCUACCAGCCUCACUUCGGGCUUUUCGCCCAAUUCCGUCCGUCGUAAUGCAACCGGCAUGCGCUUCAAAGCAGGGUCAGGGGGGCACGGGUGGCCCAGUCGUCUAAGGGACCGCAAUUCGCUGUGCAGAGUUGCGUCCCUUGGGCACGCCAGAAACCUAUGAUUGUGGGUUCGAAUCCCGGUUCGCCCCGAUUAUC